CGACUGAAUUCUUCGUAUAACGGUCUGGAAAAUGUCCAAGAUACGACAUGGUCUAUAAAAAUAAAAUUUUGGUAAUUCCAAUGACAACCUUAGCAAUCCAUCUUACUAAGAGAUAACCAAGAAAUGAUUUAAAUAUAGUAACAACAACAAUGAAAGGGAGUGUGCUGACGUUUCUUCCUAGUACAUUUGGGAAAGGAACAAAAUAAUAGAUGAAAUAAUUUUCUAAGAAUCGAAAUUAUUGUGAUCAAGUGAAAUAUGUGUUUAGGUGUUAUUGGUUUUAAGUGAGUUCGAGAGAUGUUCUACCAACAAUGUUUCCAAUGGUAGUGUAUUCUAAAUGGAUAUUACGAUAUUUUUAUGUAGAUCUGAUGUUGUGUUUGAGACAAGAGAGACAGAGCUGGGCUAUAACAUGGUUGUCACCAAGGACUCAAGCUCACAUGAAAUGUUUUGAUCUCUUGGGAAUAUGGAUUAAUAAAGCGCAAGGGUUCAAAUGGGUAAGGGAAAGAGACAACAGUCUAAGGCCAUGCACUGCAAGGCUUCCCCGUACAUGUGAUUGUUGUGAUUUCAUACACACACACACAUGUGUGAAAAUGUCUCCCGAAUGUCCGAAGGAUACUAAGGAGGAUCUCCGAAUGAUGGAUGAGGAUUUCACUGCCAUGACUGACGCUGCCCCAUGGCUCGUCACUGUCCGAGGUCGCACGCGGCGUUGUGCCUUGCGGAAUAACCCGACCAUCUGCAUUGUGUGUAUCACAUGUUGUAUGUUUCUUAUAGCCGGUGCCUGCCUGGCAGCCUACGCGGUCAGUUACCUCCAUGGGAUGGAGAGGCGGCUGGAGGAGAAGCUAGAGAGGGCGAUUCUCAAAAUGUUCCAGGACCAGGACAAGAAUGCACCUAAUGCUAAUGAGGCUUUUGAGGAGCUCAAUACAGACCAGGCGGACAAAACGCUUCAGUUUAUUCGAAGCAAAAGACAUGUUAAAAAAUUUCUGUUAAAACCCAAAAAAGUACCGACAGUAGGCAAAAAGCCGAAACAAAGGAUUCAUCCAAAUUACUUCCACCUGACAGGUCGAAAUGGCAGCGUCCCAUUCUAUCACGAAGGCAGAACGUUUCUAUGGGCCAUGGACAAGAAGAAUAAGACAACUAGUCUGGAAACAGUCUUUGAUUCGACGGAAGGCGCUGUGCAAAAGAUCCGUAUACUAAAAAAGGGAAUAUAUUUGGUGUACUCACAGGUAGCAGUACACGGUCAGGGUACUCAUCAACAAGGAUACCGCCAUGAGUGUUCACAUGAAACCAUUGUUACAAGGAAAUCUGGCACUGUUGAUGUCUUAUUGAGAAGUUGGCUGACCCAGUUCAAUUUGGGCGAUAAAGUCGAUUCUGUCUAUUUUAGCAGAGGGGUUCAUCCCGUUGAUUCCAAGCUUCAGAUGGGAGUCUUUACCCUGGACGAUGGAGAUGAAGUCAGCGUUCAGUCUCAAGAGAAAUGUUAUCACUUCAAUUAUAGUGUAACAACGGAUAAUUCUUAUUUUGGAGUAGUAGCUAUCAGUAUCUUGAAAUAACUUUCUAAUAUUUAUUUCAAAAGUACGUCUCUCCUAGAAUGACGUUCUGUCCAGCCAAAUAGCAAAAGAUCAAUGCUCACCGUAUACAGAAAGACAUCUAUAUUAGUGUGCAUAGAAACUAAUUUGAAGCUUCCUAAAUGCUUUCUUUUGGUAUCUAAUAGCUAUGUGAAAAUUGAAGCAAAAACUUUGCCUGAAAGACGUGAAUGUAAUUAUUUGCCUUACUCUAACUUUAUGUCAUUAUAUAAUGUUUUAAAUUGCAAUUUAUUUUUCAUCUUCCUUUCUUAAAAUGAUUUUAUUAAUAAAACAUUUAGACAUCUCUAUACAAAAACAUUUUUUCAUCCUUGAACUUUUACAUUUCCUCAACACAAACUUGACAUUUAUUUCACACAACAACCUUGACAAUUCUUCAAUACAACAACCAUGACAUCCUUUCAACACGACAACCUUGACAUCUUUCAACACAACAACCCUGACAUUCUUUCAGCAUAACAACCCUGACAUUCUUUCAGCACAACAACCUUGACAUUCCUUCAACACAACAACCUUGACAUUCUUUCAACACAACAAUCUUGACAUUCCUUCAACACAACAACCUUGACAUUCUUUCAACACAACAACCUUGACAUCCCUUCAACACAACAACCUUGACAUCCCUUCAACACAACAACCUUGACAUUCUUUCAACACGACAACCUUGACAUUCUUUCAACACGACAACCUUGACAUUCCUUGAACACAACCUUGACAUCCCUUCAACACAAUAACCUUGACAUCCUUUCAACACGACAACCUUGACAUGCCUUCAACACAACAACCCUGACAUUCCUUCAACACAACAACCUUGACAUUCUUUCAACACAACAGCCUUGUCAUUUCCUCGAGUCUGCAACUUUGACAUUCCUUCAACAUUUCAGCGCUGACAUUCCUUCAACAUUGCAACCUUGACUUUCCUAUAAACUACAACCUUGACAAUUAUGUAACACUGAAACUUUGUCCGUUCCUUCAACACCGCAACAUUAACAUUUCCAUUGCAAACUUGGCUUUCCUUGAAAAAGACCUAAGCUCUGCAAUCUGAAUUUCCUCAACAGAAGAACCUAUGCAUUUCCUUAACACAACCCCCCCCCCCAAAAAAAAAAAAAAAAAAUUCCUUAAACUCUGUGUCCUUCAGUUUCCUAAACAUUAUGAAAAAUCGUGACUUAAUUUUAACUCGCUUGGUGUUAUUUGUAACUGAUUUACACACAUAUAUUUUACAGCACCAAUAUGAUUAUUAAUAGAAAAAAUGAUAUAUUUCUGUACAUAUAUGUUCGCUUUAUACUUUAAUCCAGCAUACAGUGCAUGGUUCACUUGUGUGGUGUGAUGCUUAAUGCUUAUAAUUAUAUGCUCGUAUUAUAUAACUAAGACUGAGCCCAAUUGAUCAAGACUCAUUGGGACUUAAUGCUAAAGCAUCUAUAUUGUAAAUUAGUUUGUGUGCCAUUACAACGUUGUAAAUUGUUCAGUAGUUACUUCUUAUUAAAAUAACUCGUUAGAUAAACCAUUCUAAGCACCAAAGUAAUGUAUGAUGUAUAUUCAUAAACCUUUUUAGCUCUUUAAAAUCAACAAAAUGUAAUAAUUUAGCUCUAUUUGAUUUGAUUGUAAUCUCAAUAGAUACAUACGACGUACUGGAUAGGGGAAGAAAGGUGGGACCAAUGUCCCUUUUAUGACUCUAUCGUUCAGUAGGUAUUUAGAACAAAGUAAUCGAUCUUUCCAAAAGUCAUCAUCUUCAUUGUCUUCUUUUUUUUUUUAAUACUGUUUUAUGUGACUUGUUUUAAAGAUACCUGUGAAAAUAAAACUUCCUAAAUUAUUGUAUCUUUUUGUUUAUUUGUUAACAAUAACAUUCAAUCUUAUCCAACAACUGUUGUUUUUAGAUUUGUUGUUGAUUUUAUUUUGAUAAUAAAAUUGUAGAACACUUUAA